UUUAUUUCCUUCUCUUCUUUUCUUUGCAUGUCACCUUGAACUGCUAGUUUAUUUUCUACUUUGCGAAAAAUAUAUUCCUUUCCCUCUAUUCUGUUUCAUAGAAUCUUUCUUCCAGAACUAUUGAACAGCUUCUUCAUCAAAUCAUUCUUUUCUUGUAGAAUGCACCUUGAUACUAUACUACACACAAAAAAUACAAAGUUGAUUAUUUCCUUCCUUUAGCUUACUAUCUUUGUUAAAUAUUAGAAUCUGGUUGCUUGAGAAUUGAGGCUUAGAUAUCUUGAAAAGAGUUAUUUCUUAGUAGCUUCAGCCAGGAGCAAAAACAAGAACAAAAAGGGAGGAAGAAUGAGGCUCAUAGUAGAAGUAAUAGAUGCUCAUGAUCUUAUGCCCAAAGAUGGUGAAGGAUCAGCAAGUCCAUUUGUAGAAGUUGAUUUUGAUAACCAACUUAGCAAAACUAGAACAGUCCCAAAGAAUCUCAACCCCACUUGGAACCAUAAACUUAUCUUCCAUCUUGAUGAUAUAAAAAACCAUCGAUACAAAUACAUUGAAGUUUCCGUGUAUCAUGAGAGAAGGCCUAUUCCGGGAAGAAACUUUCUUGGAAGGGUGAGAAUUCCUUGCUCAAAUAUAGUCAAGAAAGGGGAAGAAGUUUAUCAAAGAUUCCAACUUGAAAGGAAAUGGUUUUCCUCAUUUGUUAAAGGAGAGAUCGGCCUCAAAAUAUACAUUUCACCACAAUCUGAUCCAAAUUUAUAUCCUCAAAAAUCUUCUAUCCAGCCAACCCCAAAAUCUUCUAGUCCUCCAAAUAUUCCUUCCAUAGAAAAUCCAGAAAAUUUAGAUAAUCCACCAAGUUCACUUCCUGCCCCUGAAGUUUCUACUCUUGAUACUCCUAAAGCUAGUAAUAGUUCAGAAGUACAAAAAACUGAAAACACUGCAAUUUCUGCGGCUGAUCAGUCUUCUAGCUUUGCUGUAGUAGAAAAACCUGGUCAUCUUUCUCCAAGUGAGCAGGCCACAGAAUCAGUUCAGCACAUUGAAGAAAGACCUCAAUUCAUUUUCAAGCAUCAAGCUAUGCAGCAGCCAGUCAUAUCAAUAAGGAAGAGACCAGGUUUCCAACCACCAAUGCAGCAUCAAGCAGACCACCCCCAAGCUAUUCAUAGCCACCCACAUGUACAACCGAAAAUGCAGCAUCAAGUAGAGCACCACCGACCUAUCCAUAGCCACCCGGGUGUCCAACCACCAAUGCAGCAUCAAGUAGACCACCCCCGAACGAUGCAUAACCACCCUAACGAUGAGUAUGAGCUGAAGGACACGAAUCCUCAGCUUGGUCAGCAGUGGCCACGUGGCGGAGGAUAUGGAGGAAGAGGAUGGAUGAAUAGUGAUAGACAUGCAAGCACAUACGACCUUGUGGAGCAGAUGUUUUAUCUUUAUGUUCGAGUUGUUAAGUCCAAAGAUCUUCAACCAAGUGUCCUCACCGGUAGCUGUGAUCCAUAUGUGGAAGUGAAGCUAGGGAAUUACAAAGGAAGGACAAAACAUUUUGAUAAGAAAAUGAAUCCUGAGUGGAACCAGGUAUUUGCUUUCUCUAAAGAUCGAAUUCAGUCUUCAGUUCUUGAAGUGUACGUGAAGGAUAAAGAUAUGAUGGGAAGAGAUGAUAAUCUUGGAAGGGUGGUUUUUGACUUGAAUGAGGUCCCAACAAGAGUUCCUCCUGAUAGUCCCUUGGCUCCUCAAUGGUACAGACUGGAGGAUCGACGAGGAGAAGGGAAAGUAAGAGGGGAAAUCAUGCUUGCUGUUUGGAUGGGAACACAAGCAGAUGAAGCAUUUUCAGAUGCUUGGCAUGCAGAUGCUGCCUUUGUUCAUGGAGAGGGAGUUAUGAGUGUCAGGUCCAAAGUUUACGUCUCUCCAAAACUUUGGUACCUGAGAGUAAAUGUUAUUGAAGCUCAAGAUAUCAUCCCGAAUGACCAGAGCCGCCUACCUGAAGUUUUUGUGAAAGCUCAGGUGGGAAAUCAGGUGCUCAAGACCAAUAUAUGUCCUGCUCGAACAGCAAAUCCAAUGUGGAACGAAGAUUUGGUUUUUGUAGCUGCUGAGCCUUUUGAGGAGGAUCUAGUCCUCAGCAUUGAGGACCAUAUUCACCCUAUGAAAGAUGAGAUUCUUGGAAGGAUAAGUUUCCCACUGAACACAUUUGAGAAGAGGCUUGACCACCGGCCUGUCCAUUCUCGGUGGUUCAACCUUGAGAAGUUUGGUUUUGGUUCCUUGGAAGUUGACAGGAGGAAAGAGCUCAAGUUUUCAAGCAGAGUUCACCUGAGAGUAUGUCUUGAAGGUGGAUAUCAUGUGCUGGAUGAAUCAGCCAUGUACAUAAGUGAUCAAAGGCCAACAGCAAGACAACUGUGGAAGCCACCAGUGGGAAUAUUGGAAGUUGGCAUAUUAGGUGCAGAAGGGCUUCUUCCAAUGAAGAUGAAGGAUAGCAGAGGAAGCACAGAUGCCUAUUGUGUGGCAAAAUAUGGUCAGAAAUGGGUAAGGACAAGAACCAUUCUUGACACUUUCAGCCCCAAAUGGAAUGAGCAAUACACAUGGGAAGUUUAUGAUCCUUGCACAGUUAUCACAUUGGGAGUCUUUGAUAACUGCCACUUAGGAGUUGAGAAGCCAGGGAUUGGAGCAGCACGAGACUCGCGAAUUGGGAAGGUGCGUAUAAGAUUAUCAACGUUGGAAUCUCAUAGAAUUUACACUCAUUCUUAUCCCCUUCUUGUUCUGCACCCAUCAGGGGUUAAGAAAAUGGGGGAACUUCAAUUGGCAGUGAGAUUCACAAGCCUCUCUUUAGCCAACAUGAUACAUACUUAUGGCCUCCCUUUGCUUCCCAAAAUGCACUACCUUCAUCCCUUCACUGUCAACCAAGUAGACAACUUGAGAUACCAAGCUAUGAGCAUUGUUGCUAUUAGGCUUGCUAGAGCGGAACCACCACUCAGGAAAGAAAUUGUAGAGUACAUGUUAGAUGUUGAUUCCCACAUGUGGAGUAUGAGAAGAAGCAAGGCUAAUUUCUUUAGGAUCAUGUCACUUCUUUCGAGCAUAAUCUCUGUUAAUCGAUGGUUUGGUGAUGUUUGUCACUGGAAAAAUCCAGUCACCUCAGUCUUGGUUCACAUCCUCUUCUUGAUACUGAUCUGGUAUCCGGAGUUGAUUCUGCCAACUCUGUUUCUCUACAUGUUCCUCAUUGGACUAUGGAACUAUCGGUUCCGGCCAAGGCACCCUCCUCACAUGGACACUAAGCUUUCAUGGGCAGAACAUGUACACCCUGAUGAGCUUGAUGAAGAAUUCGACACAUUCCCAACGUCUAGGCCCCAAGACAUUGCUCGAAUGAGGUACGAUAGGCUCAGAAGUGUGGCCGGGAGGAUUCAGACCGUGGUCGGGGACGUAGCAACACAAGGGGAGAGGCUGCAAGGAGUGCUAAGCUGGAGAGAUCCAAGAGCAACCAGUUUGUUUAUCAUGUUCAGUCUUUUCACAGCAGUUAUGCUUUAUGUGACUCCCUUCAGAGUAGUGGCUUUAGUUGCUGGACUAUAUAUGCUAAGGCAUCCCAGGUUCAGAAGCAAGAUGCCUUCUGUUCCCAGCAACUUCUUUAAGAGAUUACCAGCUAGAACAGAUAGCAUGCUGUGAUGCUAGAGGCUCAAAAUUCCAGCGCUUCUUUUCUUUUACCAGUCUGUAUUUCAAAAAAAUACUUCGAUGUUUAAUCAUUUUUAUAACUUGCAGUUUUAUGUAAA